AUGAAUCGUGCUGUAGCUAUUGUAACUGGAGGAGCUGGAGGAAUUGGACGUGCAUUUUGUGUGGCUCUCUUGGAGAAUGAAGCUGCCUUGGUGGUCAUACUAGAUGUCAACAAGGAAGCGGGUGAAAAAACCCAGGAAGAGUUACGAAGCAAGUACGGACCAGGGUCUGCUAAGUUUAUAGCAUGUGACAUUUCUAACAAGGAAGAGCUUACAAAUGCAUUCAAGGAAACUGUAGAUGAACACGGCAGACUUGACAUUGUGUGCAACAAUGCGGGUAUUGAUGAGUCCAACUUGGAGAAAUGCAUUGCCGUCAAUCUGACGGCCACCAUUCAAGGCACCUACUUAGCAUUUGAAUACAUGAAAUCCGGGGGUGUAGUAGUCAAUACGGCUUCCAUGUCAGCAUUUGUACCGAUGGGCUUGGCACCCGUGUAUAGCACAACAAAGGCUGGUAUUGUUAUGUUUACAAGAAGCAUCGCAAAGGUUUCCCUAGAGUCCAGAGGUGUCCGCGUAUGCUGUAUUUGUCCAGGAAUAGUUGAUACUCCCGUUGUGCCCAAAUUUCUCAAAAAACGAGGAUGUGUUCAACCAGAGUUCAUUGCCAAGGGUCUUCUUCAGCUCAUCAAUGACGAUUCCAAGAAUGGAGCAAUCAUGAGAGCCAACGCUGCUAAAGGCAUAGGAUACAUGCAGUUUGAAGAAAUGGACAUUUGAUAGUAAUCAUGACAUUGAUCAAUAUCACAAGACA